UCCCAGGAAAAUAGCCGAGCGGGCGGAGCGUGUCCUCACCCCCUCACUCCUCUCCGUGUUGUGUUGUGACUUGUGAGUCUCGUGACUCGGGUUUCGGGCGGAGAAAAAGUCGCGACGACGCUACACGAUUUUGUUUCCUCUCCACCUUUUUUUUGUUCGAGAGAUCGAGAUCGAGGGAGAGAGUUUCCGUUUCAGACUCAAAACUUUGAGUAUUAGGUUAAAAGUAAGAUCGGUGUUCGCCUGUUUUUCGUUUUCUUUUCGUCUUGUCAAAUACGAUCUUCUCUUUCGAGAGUUUUCAGAAUUGAGAUUUGAGAGAGAAUGGAUUCGGUUGUGGAUCCGUUGAGAGAGUUCGCCAAGGACAGCUAUCGCUUGGUGAAGAGGUGCCACAAACCUGAUCAGAAAGAGUUUUCGAAGGUUGCGUUUCGUACGGCGGUCGGUUUCGUCGUGAUGGGAUUUGUAGGUUUCUUUGUGAAGCUCAUCUUCAUCCCCAUCAACAACAUCAUCGUCGGAUCCGGCUAAUUAGAAGGUCCCAUAUGGUUGCAAUGUUCCAAGAGUCAUGGAGGCAGCCGAGCUGAGGAAACUUGUAGACAGAGAGUUUACAAUGUUUUAGAUCCUUUUUGAAUUCAUACUCCUAAUAUAGAGACAGUUUGAACGAUGAAUUGCAGAUCAGACAUGGAUAACAAUUUUUACUCACCCGUACUCAUGUUUUGUAGUUAGUUACACAAAUCAUAUUAGGUAAUAUUUACUAAAGUUUUCAUUUUA